AUGAAAGAAACUCAAGAUAUCCGCGCAUCACACAUCGCCAUCGCAGUCCUCAACGGUCUCCUAUGUUUUGCCGCUAUAUUCCUGAACAGUGUCACCAUUAAGGCCUUAAGAAAAACUUUGCCGCUACCAAAACAGCUAAAAACAUUACUCCUGAGCCUGACUGUUUCGGAUCUAGGAGUUGGCGUAAUUGUGCAUCCUCUGUACAUUGCAGUUAAUAUAAUGGAUUUUCAACAAAUUAGUCACAACGGACACACCUACGAAGCCACAAAAAACGCGUUUCUUGUUGCGGCAAAUUUACUUCUUUAUGCUUCACUUUUUGGUGUGAUAGCACUUGGCGCAGACAGAUUUUUGGCAAUUCAUCUUCACCUUAGAUACCAGGAACUUGCGACUCACAGGCGAGUAGUCGCUUUGGUGAUUUUAAUAUGGAUUUCCAGCACAACUAUUUCUUUACCAAGGCCGUGGGCUGAUAUGCAAAUUAUUUUCAUUGCCUUCGCCAUCAUAAACAGUUCAUGCCUUGUUAUUGCGGCGUUGCUUUACUGUAAGUUGUAUGUAACCGCGAAACGCCAUACAAAGCAGAUUACAACACAGCAAGGGCAAGACCUUGGAAGGAAAAAGAAACUUUUGCAAAAUGCUGCAACGUUAACUAAAUCUUCAACCGGAACACUCUUUGUCUAUUUGGCGUUGCUAAUUUGUUAUUUACCAAAUGUAUGUAUUUUAGUGAUGUAUCCAAUCCUUGAGCAAAACACCACCAUAAAGACAAUUCAACUUUACACUGUGACUCUACUUUUUAUGAAUUCCUCUUUGAAUCCUCUCAUUUAUUGCUGGAAGAUGAGACACAUUCGGCGGGCUGUCAUGGACAUAUUACAAAACAUAAUGAGAAAUAGUAACUACCAAGGAUAA